AUGGAGAUUGAAAAUGAAAUUCAAGACAGGUCAUUGGAAGAGGAAAGCAUAAAGAAAAAAGAUAACGAAAAAAAGAAAAGGUCUCGGGUUAAACAAGUGCUAGCUGACAUUGCUAAGCAAGUAGAUUUCUGGUUUGGAGAUGCAAAUCUGCACAAGGAUAGAUUUCUGAGAGAACAGAUAGAAAAAUCUAGAGAUGGAUAUGUUGAUAUAUCACUUCUUGUGUCAUUUAACAAAAUGAAAAAAUUGACCACUGAUGGAAAAUUAAUUGCCAGGGCAUUGAAAAGUUCAGCUGUUGUAGAGUUGGAUUUAGAAGGCACCAGGAUCCGUAGAAAAAAGCCUCUAGGUGAAAGACCAAAGGAUGAAGAUGAGCGGACUGUUUAUGUGGAACUACUUCCCAAAAAUGUUAACCACAGCUGGAUUGAAAAAGUGUUUGGGAAAUGUGGCAAUGUCGUUUAUAUAAGCAUCCCACACUAUAAAUCUACUGGAGAUCCGAAAGGAUUUGCCUUUGUAGAAUUUGAAACAAAAGAACAAGCAGCAAAAGCUAUUGAGUUCCUUAACAAUCCACCAGAAGAAGCACCAAGAAAACCUGGUAUAUUUCCUAAGACAGUGAAAAAUAAACCUAUUCCAGCUCUUAAAGUACCUGAAGAAAAGAAAAAGAAAAAAAAGAAGAAAGGUCGCGUGAAGAAGGAAGAUAGUGCCCCAGCCAAAGAGGCAAAUAUAGACACAAAUAAUGAAAACGCCUGUACACUAAAAAGAUCCAGGACAACAUCUGAGGGGUCAGAAGUAGAAAUAACUGAAACCCAAAAGCCGCUCACAAAGAAAAAGAAAAAACGGGAAAAGACUGAAGCAUCAAACUUACCUGAUGUAAAAACCGGUAAGAGGAAGAGGAGCUCCACAGAUGCAGAAUGCCUAGCUCCCAGAUCUAAAGUGAAAAAAACCGCUCAAAAAGAAAACGUUAAAAAGGAAGAUAAGGAAAUUUCCCAAGAAAACAAAGAUUUAGAAGUCUCCACAGAAGAGGAAAAGGAUACAGGAGACAAAGACGGAUCUCUUUUAAAAGCAAAAAGGAAGCACAAGAAAAAGCAUAAAGAGAGACAUAAAAUGGGAGAAGAGGUUAUACCAUUAAGAGUACUAUCAAAGAGUGAAUGGAUGGAUUUGAAAAAGGAGUAUUUAGCUCUACAAAAAGCCAGCAUGGCUUCUUUGAAAAAAACAAUAUCCCAAAUAAAAUCAGAGUCAGAAAUGGAAAUAGACCAUGGAGAACCUAAUAAGUCUGGAAUGAAAAACGAAAAAAGUAAAAGAUAUGAAGAAUGUCGCCCCCAGGAGGUUAAUUCAUUGGGACCACAGUUUGUGAGUGGAGUGAUUGUGAAGAUCAUUAGUGCUGAGACCCUACCAGGCAGGAAACAAGUUCGGGAUACUUUGGCAGCAAUCUCAGAAGUUGUCUAUGUUGACUUGCUAGAAGGAGAUACAGAAUGCCAUGCAAGAUUUAAGACUCCUGAAGCUGCUCAAGCACUGAUAGAUGCAUGCACAGAAAUUCAAAAGAAACACAACUGGAAACUCGAGGUCCUUUCUGGUGAUCAUGAGCAGAGGUAUUGGCAGAAGAUUUUGGUAGACAGACAGGCCAAACUGAAUCAGCCUCGAGAAAAGAAAAGAGGCACUGAAAAGUUAAUCACCAAAGCUGAAAAGAUUAGACUGGCAAAGACUCAGCAAGCAAGUAAACACAUUAGAUUUUCUGAAUAUGAUUGA